AUGAUGGAGCUCCAGGACCAUCAGGAUUGCAAGGAAAUCCGUAAACACAAAGAACUAAUGGCUUUCCAGGGCCAGAACAGCCGGAUCAAUCGAAGGCCCAGGAGGACCAGGUCUCCCAGGAUACCAGGAUUGCCAGACGAAAACAAUGAGCUUCCAGUACUCCCAGGAGUGACUGAAUUGAAUGGAGUCUCUGGAAUAUCAGGACUUUCUGGACCUCCAACACUGCCGGGAUCACCAGUAUACCGAGGAAUGAAAGAACAGCCAGGACCAGUAGGCGAUCGUGGACUCACAGAAAAGCCCGGGCCAGUAAGAGACGCUGGAGAUGAUGGUCUUUCAUUCAGAAUCUCUAGGACCUCAAAACAGAAAGAAGAACCAAUUCAACUCGUUCUUUCCCAAGGAUACCCAGAAUUGAAGAAAGAGCGCGGAUAUCCUAGACAACCAAAACAUGACAGGCUCCCAGUGGCAUCAAGACAAGUCGAACAACCUGGAUAUCUAGAAGAAAAGGAAGAAGCGGAUGUUCCAGGUCCUCCAGGAAGAGACAUGCUCCCAAGAGGUGACGGACUAAUUCUUGUCGAGCUAGGAGAGAAGGGACUUCCAGUUCUUCUAGAAGCUCCGGGACUCCGCCGGUUUGCGGAAGCUCGAGAAUUCCACGGAGAAAAGGGAAUGUCGAUCGAUCACCAAGACUUCCCGUACAGUGCGCAAACGACGAAUACCCAGGAGCGCCAGGACUAUUUGGAGCGAAAGGAAUGUGAGAUCUCCGAGGGUUCUCAGGACGGACAACUAGGUGAACCUAGAGCCACAGUACUCGCCGGACCAGCCUACAGAAAGAGAGAGAGAGAUUCGUUAAUAGAAAUAGUUGUCAACUACAAAAAUAAUGAGAAAGACACUCCAAAUGUUUUUAAUUCAUUCCCAACAAAACUACAGCGUUUAAGAAAGGAACGGACAACCAGGAAUUCCAGGACGAGAACAACUCUGAUGAGGUUUGCCAUGACAGCCAGGAUCUUCAGAAUCUCCAGGUAUCACGAUAGAAAGAGGCCUUUCAGGCCAGAAGCAAAGGGAGAAUCAGAAGAGACAGGAUACACUAGAGAGAAGGGAGGCGGAGGUCUUCCAGGAAAAGACGUACUUGGACUACAACCACCACGACCACCAAGACCACAAAACCUUGUCUAG